GCACCUUAUUCUUCAACCGAUUCAAAAUUAGUCAUUUUUACGAAAUUUGAUUAAAAAAAAGAAAAACAAGCUUAAAGUGGAUAAAAGUAUGGAAAAUACUCGCAGUAGGAAAAGCCCAGAAGAUUUCCAAUUUGGUCGUGUUAUAGGAGAAGGAUCUUUUUCAACUGUUUAUUUAGCUAAAGAAGUUGAAAGUGGAAAAGAAUUUGCAAUAAAAGUUUGUGACAAAGAUCAUAUAAUACGGGAAAAAAAGCAAGAAUAUAUUAAGCGUGAAAAGUCAGCACUCCACCUUCUAAGCAAUUCCCAAGGAAUCAUUCGAUUGGCAUACACUUUUCAAGAUAGAUCGAAACUUUAUUUUGUCCUAACAUAUGCUCCUAACGGAGAAUUACUAAAAUAUAUCAAUAAAUUAGGCUCCUUAAGCAUUGAGUGCGUUAGAUUUUACUCAGCAGAGCUAUUACGAGCAAUCGAGGAAAUGCAUAAAAAGAAUAUUAUUCACAGAGAUUUAAAGCCAGAGAACUUGUUACUUAAUCGGGAUAUGCAUUUAUUAUUGGCGGACUUUGGUUCUUCGAAAAUCCUCCCUGAAGAUUAUGAUUAUGACAUAGCACAAGAUGAAAUCGAAAGAAAUCGAGAAGAGAAAGCAAAUGAAAGUGAUGAUAGCAAUGACAUACGUUUGAGAAAUUCACGUCUCGUAAGAAGAGUGAGCUUUGUUGGAACAGCUCAAUAUGUCUCUCCAGAAGUACUGAAUGGAGACGCUCCACAUUUGUCAACAGAUCUCUGGGCAUUUGGAUGCAUAAUCUAUCAAAUGAUCUCAGGCGUUCCACCUUUCCGUGGAGCAUCAGAUUACUUGAUAUUUCAGAAGAUCAAGAAUCUUGAUUUUAAAUUUUCGGAUGAUUUUGAAGAACAAGCAAAAGAUUUAAUCACAAAACUUUUGCGCAUCCGUCCAAAAGAACGUCUAGGUGCAAAUGAUUCCGAUGAAAUUCGUUAUCAUUCGAUACGAAGUCAUCCGUUUUUCGAAGGAAUAGUUUGGAAUGAUAUUUACAAACAAAAACCUCCAGAGAUAAAGAUCCCUCCAAACAUAAAUGAUGAUGACCUACAGCAAUCUGAUUUUGAGUUUUCCGAUGAAAUUGAACCUGGCCUUGGACAACGACAAUUAAGAAGAAUUUUACAGAUGGAAUUCGGAUCUGCAAAAAUUAGUAGUGCAAAAGAACAGAAUAGCACGCCACCACCUUCGUCAACUUCCUUACUUCAGAAGCUUUUGGAAGAACAAAAACAACUCGAAUGGUCGGCAUUCGUUGAAAGCGAUGAGCUCAUUCUUAGAUAUGGUUUUAUUAUGAAACGUAAAAAAGGCCUUUUCGCUCGUCGUCGAAUGCUUCUGCUAACAAAUAAGCCUCGAUUAAUAUACAUCGAUCCAAACACAAACAUAAAGAAAGGUGAAAUUCCUUUCGAUGCAAAUAUUUCAUGUGAAGCAAAAAAUUUUAGACAUUUUUUAGUUCAUACUCCUAAUAGAAUUUACUAUCUUGAAGACUUGAAAGGAGAUGCUUUAAUCUGGUGCGAAGCUAUUGAAAAUGCAAGACAAAAGUACAUCAAAGUUUCAUGAAAAC